CGACAUUUUGUUUUGUUUUGUCUUCAAUUCCAAGCUCCAUUCUUUCAUUAUUAAUCUUCCCCUCCACUCUUUCUUGAAUAAAUCCCAUUUCUUACAGCCUGUCUGUGUUCUCAAAUCUCUACGUUGUUGUUCUUGAUCAGAUAUUAUCAGAAUUUUUUUAAUUGAAUCGAAUUCAAUUCCGCUAUGGCACUAAUGGGAGGGGUUCCUGACAGCCCUAGAUACUCCUUCUCACACGAUCUAAUCUCCCAAAACGACGCCGUUCCAAUCCCCAUCUCCGACGACCACUGCUUUCCCUCAAAUCCUGCCGCCGGCGACUUCGAUUUCUGCGUCUUCCGGGAAAGCUUCGACCAGGAGUCCUCCUCCGCCGACGAGCUUUUCUCCGACGGCAAGAUUCUCCCAAUCCAGAUCAAGCAAAAACCACCACCUCAUGUAAGAAAAUCACGGCCGCCGCCGCCGCCGCCGGCGAGGCAAAUCGACGAUCCUCCUCCGACCAAGUUUCCAGACAAUUCAUCCGACGGCGAAGAAAAGCACCACAGCUACAAACCCUCAUUCUGGCGGAUUAAGCGCAGCUCCAGCCUCAACUGCGGCAGCGGCUAUGGCGGCACGCUCUGCCCGUUGCCGAUUCUUUCCCGGAGCAAUUCCACCGGCUCUACUUCCUCCGGCGCCGGAAAACGCUCCCCAAAUAUUCCAAAGCAAAAUUCCUCAAAAUUCUCCCCUCUCAAACAACCUUCUUCCUCCUCCAAACCGCCAUUGAAGAAAAGCUUCCACUCAAACACCACGGCGGUUAAAAUCACUCCGAUCCUCAACGUCCCUCCGGCCAAUCUCUUCGGCUUGGGCUCCAUCUUCUCCGGCGGCAAAAAGAAGCACUGAUCAUCGAUUAAUUCAUCAAUUAGAUUAACAGAAACGAAAAUCGACAAUGGCGAUUAAGAAACCCCUUUCGUUUGGUAAUUUAUUUUUUUGAUUCGAUUGUGAUCGAGUGCUUUCAUGGUUAUGUCGUCAUCUUCUUCGUUGUACAUUCAUGGAGCUGUCUUGAUGCAAGAA